AUGAAAUCAUUUUCUUUAUUUGUAUUACUUUAUUUAGUUUGUAUUUUUGCUUUUAGCAAUGGUAACAAUAGUAGUAGUAGUAGUAGUAGUAAUGAAGAUCAUUAUAUAUAUGCAUUCCAAGUUAAUACAGAAAUUGGAUCAAAUCAAUAUUUUAUAGUUAUCAAUCCAUCAGAAAAUACAAUUAUCAAAAAUGUUUCAAUUAAUGUUCCAAAUGAAUAUAUUAUAAAUGGAAUUUUAGGAAUUAAUCAAAUUACAAAUUCUAUUCUCUUAUAUUCAAUUAGUGACCUUUACUCAACUGGUGCUAUUCUUUCUUUAGAUUUAAAUUCAAAUGAAAUUUCAUUAUAUGGUUCAAAUUUAUUAAAUUAUAAAGGUAAAUAUGCAAAUCAACCAUAUGUUUAUUCAGGUGAUGUAGUUUAUAUGGCAAUGGAAUCAAAUGGUGUAUCAGGAGUUUUAGGUUUGGCAAAGUAUGAUUUCACAGAACAAAGUAGUAAAUUCUAUAAUAUUGAAACAUCAGGUUUCUCAAGUGAAAUUUUACCAUUGAUUGCAUAUGAUAGAUCAAAUCAGUUAAUGUAUUACACUUAUUCACCACUUUCAUCCCCAAGUGAAACCAAUUUAUUGGUAAUUGAUCCAGAGUCUCCAUCAAUUGAAAAACAGUUUUCAUCAAUUAAAGGUUUAGAAAACUCAAUAAAGAAUUCAAUGUUAUUGACAUCACCUAAUGGUACAUUGUUUUUAAUCCAAUCCAAUCAAAAUAAUAAUGGUAUGGAUAUGUGUCCAUUUGAUCUCAGCAAUAAUAUUUGUAAUAAUGUUUUCAGUGCUCAAAUGGUUAAAGAUUUUAAUCAAAAUAUUCAAUUCAAUCCAUUUCAAUUAACUUUGGAAAACUCUGCUUUAAUAGUUUCAAACUUUUUUAAAACUUAUAAUAAAAGUUAUAAUAUGUUUACUUAA